GCUUUGUUUUUUUUUCGUGACUAAAAAAUAAUAUAUGUAAACGAGCUGCAUUGUUAGUCGAUAAAUACAUAUUUACUUGCAAAAUUUCUCUCGAAACAUUGAUAUCUGAAUAAAAACAAAAACAAAAAAAUGCACGACAUUGUUGUGUAUAAAAGGGAGAUAGCGUCUUCGUUGAUAUUCAUUCAUAUUAUAAAUACAAGUAACAUAUCUAAGACAACUAAGUGUAGACAUUGAAUAGUAAUAAUCCAAGGCUUUUUUGUCUUCAUAUUAGUUAUAGUUAAUUAGAAACAAUGUGCUGUGGUGGUGGUUAUGGAGGAUAUGGUGGAUACGGUGGAUAUGGUGGUUAUGGAGGAUAUGGUGGCUAUGGAUGGUAA